UCUUCCAUCAUCACGGGAAUUAGUUCGUAUAAUGCUUGACACAAUAAUUGACACAACUGAUUUAGACAGAUCUUUUCUUGACAUCAAACCAACCCGAGAUUCAAUUGCACUACUGGUGAACAAUCUCGGUGGAUUAUCUGCCAUCGAAGAAGGUGUCGUGGUGAAAGACGCAAUUGAAUAUUUAGAGGAAAAACAAUUUCAAGUAAAAAGAGUUUACCUAGGCCAUUUUAUGACUUCUUUGAAUAUGCCUGGAGCUUCGUUAACCAUCCUAAAAUUACCGAUUGAAGAAGGGGAAAAGAUAUUGAAAUACCUAGAUGAGCCAGUUCAAGUACCCGGUUGGCAAAAUCGGAUUGUUGUUGACAGCUCGGGGUUACAAGAAGAUCUCGAUGAAAAGGUCUCUAGAAGUAGAUUAUCAAGCAACGAUAAUAUUGAAUACACAAUUGGCGUUGAUCCGAGUUCGUUCCAAAGGUCUGUAACCCGUGCGUGUCAAGCUGUCAUAAAAGCUGAACCGGAAAUCACCAAGUAUGAUACGAUAGUGGGUGAUGGUGAUUGUGGUUCGACUUUGAAGAAUGGGGCAACUGCAAUCCUCGAUGCAUUUGACGGACACAAAAUUAACACAAAAAAUAUUCCCGAGGCGAUUAGACAGAUCAGCGAUAUUUUGGAGAAUAGCAUGGGAGGAACUAGUGGAGCAAUAUAUUGCAUUUUUUUAAAUGCGUUAGCCAAUGGAGUAUUGUCUACGGCUACUAAGCAUCCCGACAGUCAUUCAAUAUCAAUAGAUGCAAAAUGUUGGGCUGAAUCGUUGAAAGCGACUAAAGUGGGUGAUCGGACAUUAAUGGACGCAUUAAUUCCUUUUGUCGAAACGUUCACGAAAAACGCCAGCAGUGAUACGGUUCAGGCUUUGAGCUCUGCGCUAAAUGCUGCUCAACAAGGCGCAGAAAAUACUAGAACAUUGAAAGCCAAAUUAGGUCGUGCUUCCUACAUUUCUGACGAAAGGAUAAAAGCAGCGUCUGUUCCAGAUCCGGGCGCGUGGGGUCUCGUGACUAUUUUGAAUGGUCUUUUACUUGAUUGA